AGGGCCGGGCCGGGCCCCGCGGGCGCGUCCCCCCGUUGCUGCGGUGACGGGCCGGAAGCGGCCGCCGCUCCGCGCGCCAUUUUCAAAGGAUUUCAGGCGCUGGGACAUCGCCGCCGCCCCGCUUUUAAUGUUACUUCCUGUACAAGCUGUGACACGGAUUUGUUAAUGAUAUUUCUUCUGUAAAACUUUCUCAAUUCAAUUAGUAAAAAAUCUUUGCUCUUUCUAAAACACAAGCUUUUAAACAAAUCUGAUGAACUAUUUUGAGGUAAUUUAAUAUUUUUAACUGAUACAAGUCUUCUUAAGGAGAAGAUGGGCUCAGGAGUUAGCAGUUUUCUUCUGUAGUAAUAUAAAAUGUGUUCCUGAGUCUCAAUCUCGACACAGUAACACAAUCACACUUUUCCUGACUUCAACACAGAAUCUUCAACUUUAAUGUAGAAAUACCAAGAACUUGUUACUUUAAUCUUUGGCUGUCAGAGGAGUAUGAAGAGCAUUUCCUACACAUCAGGACAUUGACUUCCACUGAGUGCACUGCUGGAACAAAAGCGCAUCGCUGCCUCCUUCAGCCACCCCAGCACAGUAUGUGGGGGAUUGUUGGCAAUCCCAAUGCCAUUUCUUAGUUAAUAUCCCAACAACUCGAAGCUCUUCCACCAAAUAUUUUUGGUAGUACCCGGAGCAGAUGCCGUGCUUGUAAGACUGGUGAUUCUCGUCUACAGAGCGGCACCCGGCAACCACAGGUGUUCUGUUUUUGCUGACUGUGACAAAAGCAGCUUUGGAGGUGUGUUUACAAUGAGUGCAAACGCAGAGCGAAGGUUUGUUAAUCUCAGGAAACGCCUGAAUCAGCUGGGCUAUCGGCACCCACUGGGAGUGGACAGUUUACCUCUGGUGGAAAAGCUUUUCAGUGACUUAGUCCAUACAACUGAGAGCUUGCGCAAAGCAAAGUUUUCUUCUGGAAAAACUGAGAAAGAGUGCAGCAAUUAUGAUACUAUUUUGGAACCUUAUAAAACAGAGAAUGCUAGACUUACCAGGGAAAAUAAUGAUCUACAUUUAGAAAUAUUAAAACUGAAAGAGCAGUCUGAUCGUCAUGUUAAAGAUUUGAAAGCUUGCUUAAGGAGGGUUGAACAUGAAACAACUGACUUGAAAUUUUUGAAUAACCAGUAUAUACAUAAAAUUAAAGUGCUGGAAAAAGAGACCAAAGCCAAGACUGAAAAAAUUCAGCAGCUUCAGGAGAAGAAUCUGCAAGCAGUGGUGCAAACACCUGGUGGCAGGAGGAAAAGCAUUCCCUUCCGGCGGCAGCGCAUGCAGAUAGACCAGCUUGUGCCCCCGUCAGGAGUCAGCUCCUACCCAGUGCCUCAGCCACAGGACCCCUACAUCGCAGACCUUCUCCAGGUGGCUGAUAAUCGAAUUCAAGAGCUGCAGUCAGAAGUAACUGAGCUACAGGAAAAGCUGGAGACAUCUGAAAGUGGAAUGAAAAAUUAUAGCAAACAGGUUGAGAUAAGAGACAAAGAAAUUGAGCGCUUAAUGCUGGCAUUGGAUGGUGGGCGUUCCCAUGAGGUUCUCUCUCUGGAAUCAAGAACUAAAAGUAAUGAGAAGCUUAUUUCCCACUUGAAUAUACAGGUUGAUUAUCUUCAGAAAAAAAACAAAGAACUUGAAAAUCACAUUCAAGAUCUGUUGGACACUAAACAAAAUGUGACUAGUGAGGUAGUGGAUUUAAGCAAUAAAAAUGAAGAACUGUGUCAAGAGCUGAAUGAAAUAGAUCACUUGGCACAGCAGUUGGAAAGACACAAAGAAAUAGUGCUUGAGACUGCAGAUAAGGAAAUAGGAGAAGCAAAGAAAGAAAUUGAAAGAAAAGUCAGUGAAAUACAGGAUCUACAAGAAACAAUAUCAAGGCUGAAAUCAGAGUUGUGCUCAUGUCAUAAGGAGAAUGAGAGACUGAAUGAAAAACUCUCUGGGAAAACAGAUGAAAAAGGGAAUCUUGAGCUGUUGUUAAACCAGCUUCAACAGGAGAAGCAAAGGCUGACAGAAAAAACAGAGAACUUAGAAAGAAAAGAACGAGAACUUGUCCUAGAAAUUGAAAGAAUGAGAUUAGACUAUGGUAUUGCCCUAGGAGACAAAUCUCCAUCUCGUCUAGAUGCAUUUGUAAAGACCUUAGAAGAUGACAGAGACUACUAUAAGCGAGCAUUAGACUAUCUUCAGAAAAUGGUUAAACUAAAGCCUAGCCCAAGCCGCAGGACUGCAGAGAAGAGUGAAGAGCUUAAAUCAAUCACCAGAGAAAGAGAUGAGCUGCGGUCCGUGUUAGACAGAUUUGAAAAACACAUGAUAGAAAUUCAGUCCAAUGUGAAAUUAUUGACUGCAGAAAGAGAUAGAUUAAAAGUUCUUUAUGAGCAGUCUCAGAGCGAAUUGAACAGGAUGAGAAGAGAAGCAAAACACAGUUUUGUUUCUCAAAGUCACAUAGAAGAGGAAAGAGACAUUGCACUGACUGACUUCAGAAUACUAAAGGCAGAAAAAGAAAGUCUUGGAGAAAAAUUAAAGAUGCAUCAAGAAGCAGCAUACCAUGAAAAAUCAAAGCUGCAGCAUGAUAUUUCAGAAUUGGAGAAUAAUAUUCAAGGACUUCAGAUUGAAAAGUGUGAGCUGAGGACUACAGUCUCUAUCCUGAAAGAAAGAAUAAACUAUUUGGAAAAUGAAUUAAAUCUGAAGUCAAGUAAACUUGCCCAGACUUCUGAUGAUUCUUCUCAAUUUAAAGCUGAGAUUUGCUCACUUCAGCUCUUAAAUGACCAAAAACAGAAAUCUAUUGAAGAUUUACAGCACAGAUUGUGCCUCAAAAAGGAUGAACUGCUGGCAGCUCAAGAUGAAAUUAUAAAGCUGAAAGAGAUAAUAGAUAGGUUAAACCAGAGGAGCACUUCCCAGGAAGAAGCAGUCAGUGUGCUGAGAAGUACAAUUAGUGUUUUGGACAAAGAAAAGGACAGUCUUCAAGAAACCGUGGAUGAAAAAACAGAAAGAAUUGCAUGCUUAGAUGACAACUUAGCUAACAGGGAAAAAACAAUUGCUCAUUUACGUUUAACACUCUCUGAACUGGAGUCCUCAACAGACCAGAUGCAGGACAGGCUGAACAACAGAGACCGUGAGAUAGCCAGCUUACAUCGCCAGCUUGAUACGUCCCAGCUAGAGCUGGCAGAAAUGGGAAGGGUAAAGGACAUGGCUCUGAAAGAAAACAGGCGACUGCAAGAUGACCUGGCUACAAUGGCCAGAGAAAACCAGGCUGUCAGUACCGAGCUUGAAGAUGCAAUACGUGAAAAAGAAGAAAUGAAAACCAGGGUUCAUAGUUAUAUAACUGAAGUCUCCAGAUUUGAGAACUUGAUAGCUUCAAAGGAAAAAGAAAACCAAGAAUUGUUAGAGAAGUUCCGGAUGCUCCAUACGCAGGCUGAAGGCUGGGAAAUGAAGGCUCAUCAAGCUGAAGGAGAAAGCAGCUCCAUACGCCUGGAACUCCUUUCAGUAGAUACAGAUCGGAGACAUCUUCGAGAGAGAGUCGAGUUACUGGAAAAAGAGAUUCAAGGGCACAUUGUUGCACAUCAAGUAUAUGAAUCUCAGAUCUCCUCCAUAACCAAAAAUAUGUCCAGAUUGGAAGAGGAUCUUAAACGUGAAAAUCAGGAUAAGGCUUCUGUGUUAGCAGACCUCGCUUCUGUGAGAGAACUCUGUGUGAAACUUGAGGCUAGCAAAGAACUUUUAGCUCGACAGCUGACGUCCAAAAGCAUGGAUUAUGAAAGGGUUCUAGGAGAAUUAGAAGAUACAAAAUCAGAAGGAGAGUUGCUGAAAAAGCAGCUAUCCAGUGAGAGACUUACAGUUCAGAAUCUUGAAACUUUAUUGGCUACUAGUAGAGACAAAGAAUUUCAGAAUCAAUUAAUGUCCCAAGACAAAGAUACCGAAAUUCAGUUACUGAAAGACAAGCUAACACUGGCUGAGAGCAAACUCAUAUGCCUGUCUUUGAAGGACAUAUAAAAUAUCAUCAAGAUGUCUUGUCUUCUGCAUCUGUUCUCAACAUACUGGAUCAAGAUACCAUUCUAGGAAUUUUACUGAUGAGUAGGGAACAUGGGAAAAAAUAUUCUGCGGUUUUAUUUGGAACAAAUCUCUUGAGUAGUUUACGUUUUCCUGGAGUCAAAGACCGGCGGGUGCCAGACAGGAAGUCUGUGACUGAGCUAGGAGUGGAACUCAUUUUUCAGAACUCCAGUCCAGUGCUUUAGCAAUAAACCAGUACAACUUUCCUUCUCCAGGAGAAAGUUUUGAGCACUCCACCUCACAGUGGCUUUGAAGACUGUAUGGAAUGACAUAGCUGUCUAGAUUCUUGCUUAGACAACCUAUUUUACAUGCAACAAUUUCUUUUUCUUCCUUUAUAAUGUAAUUGAUGGUAUUUUGCAUCCAAGCAUUGAGUAAGCCAAGAUGAUGAUUUACUGAGAAGUAUAUUAAUCAUGUUUCAGAAGAUUUUCAAGGCUCCUUUUAACUUUGAUUCUUGCACUUGAAACAAUUGGGCACAAAUACCAAGGGUGUAGUUAAGUCUCAGACUCUGUGUUUUGCUGGUCUGGUGUUUGCUUUAAUACAAUUUUUACUUAGAUUUGGUUCAGUUGUGUUCAUGGCUCGCCAGAUAGUUCCAGCUACUUGAUAAAAUUUUUACUGAAGCCAUUGUCUGUUAAGUUUGUAAUUUUUUGUGGAUAUUUACUGCCUUUUUUUUCUUUUUUUACACGAAGGCUAUCUCAAAUUGCAACAGACAGCAGUAAAGCAAAUAAAAUAAUUAUUUAAUUGUUUUGUCUGUUUUUAUCAAACAUGUUUGUGUUUACCUUUGUCUGAAAAAGAGCUUGAUGUAGUCAGGAUGUAGUGAGAGGCUUGCUAGCUUCUUGCUUCAUUCUCACCUUAGGUUCUUCCAGAAACAUUCUGUUGCAUUCAUUUGGUUCUUGCUGCUUCUAAUUUGAUUUAGUCUGUGAAACAACAUGUUCAGUAUCUGGUUUUGUUUCAUUUUUCUCUAACUUCUCUAAGCUCCUAGCUGAUAUUGUUCAAAGAAAACUUUGUUGCUUCUCCUGAUU